AUGGAGGGCCCGGCGGAGCUCGGCGCCGAGGCGGUGCUGCGCUUCCUUGCGGAGCGCGGGGGCCGGGCCCGGCACGCCGAGCUGGUGCAGCACUUCAGGGGUGCCCUGGGCGGCGAGCCCGAGCGGCGCGCCCACUUCAAGGAGCUGGUCAAUGCCGUGGCCACUGUGCGCACCGACCCCGCCGACGGCUCCAAGUAUGUACACCUCAAAAGGAGGUUCUGCGAAGGCCCACAGUCACCCAAGGCCGCGCCCCCUGGGGACCUGCCCCGCAUUUCGGUGACUGCAGAGCCCGAGCCCCACGGAGGCGGUGACCCCGAGGAGUCGGACAACCCGGCCGAGAGCCGGGAGAGCGGCUUGUGCCCCGAGUCGGCGUCCCCGGGUCCGCGCAGUGAAGCCGGCGAUGAAGAGUCUUCCUCCGCCGCGCUUGGACCGCCCCUGCACGGCGGGGCCCGGAGAAAGAACUCGCGGCGCGGCGCGCAGCCUCCGGCCCGAGCACCAACCCCCGAGCCCGGCGAUGACCUGGAACCCCAGCCCCAGGUCUGCGAGGAGGCGGACGGAGGGAGCUCUCCCGGGGGAACCACCACCCCUAGGUCUACUCGCCAGAACCUCCGGGACCUUGUGAUGGGUAACUCCCCGCAGCUGAAGAGGAGCUGCUCUGGGGGAGGACGCGGCAAAGGCGGGGGCGACUCGGACAGCGCUUCCGUUGCUUCGUCGUCGGCCGAGGAGGAGAUGAGCAGCGGGGCCUCGGUGACGCUGGACCCGUUAGAACACGCCUGGAUGCUCUCCGCCUCGGACGGCAAGUGGGACAGCCUAGAAGCGCUGCUCACCUGUGAGCCUGGCCUGCUGACCAAGCGGGACUUCAUCACCGGCUUCACUUGCCUGCACUGGGCAGCCAAGCACGGCCGACAGGAGCUCCUGGCCAUGUUAGUCAAUUUCGCCAACAAAAACCACCUGCCGGUGAACAUCAACGCCAAGACGAGUGGAGGCUACACCGCCCUGCACUUGGCAGCCAUGCAUGGGCACGUGGAGGUGGUGAAGUUGCUGGUGGGGGCCUACGACGCAGACGUGGACGUGAGGGACUACAGUGGGAAGAAGGCCUCGCAGUAUCUGAGUCAGAGCAUCGCCGAGGAGAUCAAGAACCUGGUGGGAGCCCUGGACGAGGACGAUGGUGAAAGUGCCACAGGCAGCGGGAGUGGGCGCUGGAGGCUUUCAAAAGUGCUUCCUUCCCACCUCAUCACCUACAAACUCUCGCAUGUCCUGGAGGAUGGAGGGGAUCAUCACCACCACCACCACCACCACCACCUGGCUGAGGGAUCGGCAGGAGGCAAAGCAAAGGACCCAGGUCGCAAAGCCUCUGGCAGCUCUAGUGGGCGAAUAAAACCCAGACUCAACAAAAUCCACUUCAGAACCCAGAUCAUCCACACCACACCCUUUUUCAGAGAUCCGGAGCAGCCCCUAGAAGAGGGGGAGCAAGAAGAAGAGGAUCGAUCUCUUAAAGGCCACUUACCCUCAUUCAAAUUGAGGCCGAAGUCCAAUGUAUUUGGGUAA